AUGGCUAUCACCGACCUUCAUAUUAACAAUGAUAAAUAUAAUGAUUCUCCUAUGAAGUUAAUAUACAUAUCACUUAAUGAAGCUGUAAAAAAAUCAUUAGAAGAUGAGAAAAUCUUUGCAGAUCCAGCUGUCAAGCACAAAAGGCCUAUAGGUUAUGAUGAACCCCUUCUAUCAUCUGAUAUUAAAGUUUGGCAUCUAUUAGAACCUAGUAAACUAGAAGGCUGA